UUCAUUGGCAAGAAGUCGGCAAGCGAAUUUAUUCGAAUCGUUAUACUGUCCAAUGAUUCGAAAAUAAGGAAACUUUUGCUCCAAAAACGCUUUUCAACUGAGGACUGACGGUUAAUCUGAUAACCAAUCAGAAAGCUCGUAAGAAAGUCGUUUGCAUGCUAUCACAAUCGAUUAUCGACAGCAGAUGUAGCUCAUCGCGAUGCUUUAGUCUGGUGUUUGUCGACGGAUAUUUUGAACUCUUACUGGCAGAAUCUCCAACAGAAUCUUACUGGAAGACAUGCAGUAUUUUUUGGUAGCCAUUUAGCUACUAAAUCUGUGAAAUUUUGGUCAUUCUAUGAUGAAUUCCAAAGGCGAAUGUUGUCGUCGUUACGUGAGAAGUACUGUGGCGAUCAUGGUUGCUGUAUUGGUGAUAGUUGUACAAGGACGUGAAUCAUCGUCCAUUAUCACAACACUACCUGUGAGAAUGCCUGGUACUAUGGCUAGUACGGAUAAUGCAUAUCUAUGUACAUCAGUAAAGCUACAUGAGAGAGAGGAGUAUGUUGUACGUUUUGAGCCCAAGGCAAGCCAAGAUGUUGCACACCACAUGCUUUUAUUUGGUUGCUCUCAUCCGGGAAGUAAUGGGAAAAUCUGGGACUGUAGUGAAAUGAAAGGAAUGGAAUGCAGUGGGAAAGAGAAAAUUCUGUUUGCUUGGGCCAAAGAUGCUCCUGCUAAAGACUUACCCAAAGGUGUUGCUUUUAAAGUGGGAAAGUCUUCAGGCAUCAAUUAUCUUGUUCUACAAGUACACUACAAGCACAAGGCUAAAGCUGGAGUAAAAGAUCAUUCUGGCUUUAUACUACACACUACCCUUCAAAGGCAGCCGUUCAUAGCAGGGAUAUUUCUAUUAUGGUCAGCAAAUACAGACAUUGCACCAGAAGCAAAUGGAGUUCAUUCUGAUAUCGGUUGUAUCUUUGACGACGAAACACCAAUCUAUGCAUUUGCAUAUCGUACACAUGCUCAUGCUUUAGGUUCAUUGAUAAGUGGAUACAAGGUUCAUAGACAGAACUGGACAUUACUUGGGAAGAAAAGCCCUCAGGAGCCGCAGGCAUUUUAUCCCAUGAAUAAAGUCGUCAAAAUAACUAAAGGGGAUAAACUGGCAGCAAGAUGCACAUACGAUGCUAAAGGCCAUCAUUUAACAAAGCAUGUGAACAUUGGGUCAUCUGGUAAAGAUGAGAUGUGCAAUUUCUACAUAAUGUACUAUCAAGAUGCAAGUCUACAUGAUAUAGACAAUGACGUGUGUAGUGAUAUGGAUUUGAAAGGACUGACACUAAAUUUCCCAAAAGACUCUAAGAGUACUUCUUCAAAACCACAAACACCUAUCAGCAAAAGUAGACCAUCAUCAGAAGCUGUAGUAAACAACAACCAUGACAAUGAUAGUAACGAUAGUUUUUCACAUUCAAAAACUUUGAAGGAAGAAUAUGAUUUGGUAAAAGACUGGCCCAAGCUGGGAAAAGAAACACUUGGCCAAGUGUCUGGGGUUGCAUUAGAUUCAAUAGGAAAUGUUAUUCUCUUUCAUCGUGGCAAACGAACCUGGGAUGUAAACUCAUUUGAUGACCAGCACAACUUCAAUGGCCAAAACCCUAUUAGGGAGCAUACUGUUCUUACACUUAACCCCAUCAGUGGUAGAGUGAUUAGUAGAUGGGGCAACAACAUGUUUUAUCUACCCCACGGCAUAACUGUUGAUCACAGUGACAAUAUAUGGCUUACAGAUAUUGCCAUGCACCAGGUAUUAAAGUAUCCACCAAAGGGAGAUGACAUGCCGUUGUUGUCGGUAGGGGAGAUGUUUGUUCCUGGUUCAGAUGACAACCACUUUUGUCAGCCAACAGAUGUUGCUGUAGAAAACAGUGGAGUAUUCUAUGUGGCUGAUGGGUAUUGUAACAGUCGCAUAAUGAAGUUUUCAUCCAAAGGAAAGAUGCUGGCCAAAUGGAGUGAAAAAGGUUAUUUAUCUUUAAAUAUUCCACACAGUCUUGCUCUGGACGAGAUAAAUCAACGACUUUACAUUGCUGAUAGGGAAAAUGGUCGUAUUCAGCAUGUCGAUACGAUAACAGGUCAAUUUGGACAACCAAUAACCAAACAACCAUUUGGAUUAAUAUAUGCCGUUAACUUCAACAAUCACAAUGGACUUCUUUAUGCUGUAAAUGGUAAUUCUGUAGAAAGCAAUCUCCCUGUCAAAGGCUUUACUUUAAAGAAUGGCUUGAUACUCAACUCGUGGCCAAGCGAUAGACAACAUUUCAGACAUCCACAUGACGUGGUUUGUUCCUCAGACGGUAAUUUCAUAUUCGUGGUAGAAACUGAACCCAACAAAGUGUGGAAGCUUUCAAGGCGUGGCCAAUCACGUUUAAACAAGGAAUCUACCUUGGACGGAGAAAUAAGGGGGGAUAAACCCAAAGAGGACAUAGAAACUAAGACUUGGACAAGCACUAAAGAGACCCUUCCAGAGAGGUGUACUUAUAGUAGUGAAACAGGACCCUGCAGAGCUGCGAUACAGAGAUGGUACUACGAUAUCAAUAAACGUCGAUGUAUGCAUUUUAUUUAUGGUGGUUGUCAAGGAAACGAAAACAAUUUCAAGUCUGUAAAGGAUUGUCAAGAUACAUGUGCUUCUAAAGGACAUUCAAACCAAAGUAAACAUUUUAGUAGACCAAAACCUGGUGAACAAAAUCAAAAGACUGUGCUUAAGGAACUUUCAAGCAAUGAUGAUAAACUUUUUAAAGAGAACAUGACUAUGGCUAAAUCCAAAGGAAGACCACAACAGAAACCUGAAAUACAUGAUGAUUGGGAAAAUGCCGCCGGUGAAGAUGAAGGCGAAGAAAGCAACCUGCAUGUUUGGAAAAGCCACAGCAAUACAUCCAAUACAACGAUAAGUACUCCAUAUCACAUCCAAGACAACCAAUCAACAUCUACCGACGACAUCCAGGCUGGUAUGAUGCCAGCUUUGAUAAUCCUGUCUGUUCUAGCGGUACCUAUUAUUUUCCUCUUGCUUAUCAGCAUUGUAUUACGUAUCAGAGCUUACCGAAGGGAACGGAGGUACAACUUGAACCGUCUCUUGAAUAAAGAUGGAUUGCCUGUAGAUCGCACAGUAGGUUGGUGGUCCUACCUCAAUUGUUGUAGUAAAAGAAAAUAUGGAUUUGAUAAAGUUAAUUUAGCAGAAUUCUAUAGCGAUAGUGAAAGUGAUGGAGUUUGACACACGAAUUUACUGUUUUAUUUUUAGUUUCCUUCAAACGAAACAGAUUAUGCGCUGUAAUAUCAUAGUCUUUUAUUUGUGCAAAAAGAAUACUUCCAGUCUAGUGUUUCAUUGUCUUUUAGGGCUGCCACAAUGCAACAGCCUGUUGGUAGUAGUUGUCGCAAAUAGCUUUGGUAGGUGCUCUUUAUGUGCCUUAAAUCUGCCUAUUUUAUCUCGUGUAACAAAGAACUAAUAACUAAUAACUGAAAAGCUUACCAUGCACUGGCUACGAAGUCUCUACGUCGUACUGUUGUAGUCUCCCCGGCCCCCAGGUAACUGACUCCAUUGAAAUUCUUUGGGGACAUAAGUGGGGUAGCCAGAGGUCUUAAUGAAUCUUGUCUCCGACAAAUACUGCUAGAGAGCCUCUAGAGCCCAUGGUAAAAAAUAAGCUAACAACCACAAGGAUCCCAGCCCCAACAAACGAAUUCCAAAGAGAUACCUGUACUUAGGAGGCUAGUAUAAGUCCAGUAGAAAUAUUACGUAUAUUCAGAAUAUGUGGCCUGCGUGCAGCCCGACUUUAACUCUGGUUCGUAGACUAAGAGUCGGGCUGCACGAAGGUUAAGGAUAUGUGGCAAUAAGACCUUUAUUAGUAAGACUAGAUGUUUGAAUGUCUAACUUUUGAAAAGCUAAGGAAAAUCCCCUGAAUAUGAA